AUGCAGAUAAGAAUAAAUUAUAUCACUAUGUCCAAUUUUGCUCUGAUUUCAUUCUUAUUUUUAAAAUUAUAAAUGAUAAAUCUCUGUUUUCAAUACUCUAACGUCUGAUAAAGUUAAAAAUAACAUUGCAUAUAAUAUAAUGCUGUAAAUUCCUAUCAAAGACGCCGUUUGUCAAAGAUUGAAUCAUGCCGACCCACCAACUAGCAAAGAAAAAACCAUUCAAAUUAAACAAUCUAGAAUCUGUGAACAGAAUCACCACUCUUCCAAUAGUAGAAUCAGGAUGGAAUUUUGCAGAAAACAUUUACUUCAGAAUCAAAAAAUCAAACAAUUUGUUGUACUGGACUUUGCAACAAGCCGAAUCUUCUUUCCAAACGGCUGUCGAAACGGCUUUACCGACAAUAGCUUUAUUUGAAGCUCCAAUCUCUUCCAUCGAUAAAAUACUGUGUAAAGGCUUAGAUGUAGUGGAAUAUCAAAUUCCAUCAAUUGGUUUGCCUCCAGAAAUGAUUUAUUGGAAUACUAAGCAAUAUGUGACUGACGUAAGCAGCAAAAUCGUCAAGCCAGUUCUCAAAAGGGCCGAUUCAGUUAAACAAAUCGGAAACACAGUUUUGUCUAGCAAAUAUACAGAAUUUGCAGCCAAUACUCUAGACGGAGCUUUAGAUGUUGCCGAUAAAUACGUGGAUAAAUACCUCCCAGCUGCUGUAUAUGACGACCAAAACAUUAAUGAAAUGGAACUCAAAAAUAAUGUUGAUGGACCUGCAGGCCGAGCCUUGCAAACCAUCCAUCAUGUGGGUCGCUUUUCCGGAAAGUUGCAAAGAAGACUUACUAAAAGGACUUUAGCUGAAGCUAAAGCUCUCAAGGAACAAAGCGCUGAAGCUAUCAACGUUCUCAUCUACGUGGCAGAAUUGAUUGCAACAGACCCCAAACUUGCCUUUGCUAAAGGCAAGGAAUUGUGGGCAAGUCUGAGCAAAGACGAGCCUGAAAAUCAAGCUCGUCCUGAAAAUUUGGAGCAGUUGAUUGUUCUACUGACUCGAGAAUCGGCUCGCCGAGUGGUUCAUUUUAUAAAUUUCACCAGUGCUAUCAUCAGCAAAGUGCCCAAACAUAUCACAAACUCCUUCUUGGCCACUCUAUCGAAAUUUUUGCAUUUUGCCGACUCCAUGGUCAAGAGUGUCCAUUUGGAAGGAGUUCAGCAAGUUCUCGUCACUGCUCUCAAAUAUCAGGCACACCAUUUUACGCUGUUGCUUAAGCAAAUAAACAUUUACUUCACUGAUAUUUUGGAUAAUGUUGCACAAUCUUUGGUUGAAGUGCCCGAGACUCCAAAAUCUGCCCUUGAAGUACCAAAAAUCAAACUGCAAUUAAGAGCAGUUAAUAGAAUUAAUAACACAAAUGGUGUUGACUCAAACUCCAAUUAAAUUGUUAUGUAGAUUUAGACAUAGUUUUAGGUAGAUAUGCCAACGUAUUAUCUUACUUUUUAGACACUAGUUCUUGUAAUGGUUAAUUAAGGUAAAAAUACAUUGACGUUGAAUUGUUUAUUUAAAUAAGUUUACAUCGUAGUCCAUAUAUUAUUCAUAAUAAUAAAUAAAAACUACUUAGAAUAUAUUAUUAAGCAAUCUUUUUUUCAACUUUAAAUAAAAUGCGAUUAGGCUUU